AUGCCUCCCUACGCUCUGGAAGAUCAAGUCUGUAUUGCUGGAUGGGGCAAAGGGGACUUUUUAGGUCUCUGCAACUUCAGCUGUGCACUGGGCUAUUGCCCUGUUGGUGCUUGUGUUUGCACCAAGAUGGGUCCUCACCCGGACAAGCCAGCAGCAAAGGGAGUUCAGGGCUACCCAGCAGCGGGAAGAGACGCCAACUUCGCGGGUCUUUGCUCUUUCAGCUGUAACUAUGGCUAUUGUCCCUCAGGAGUGUGUGACACGGUGCAGCAUCCACUUACGAUACCCACAAGGUCUCCAUUUGUGCCGGAUACCUGCGUGUCUGGGACUGGACAGGACUCAUUUGCUGGCCUAUGCAGUUACAGCUGCAAUUUUGGCUUCUGUCCCAUUCAUCGUUGCACAUGCACAGGCGUUGGACCUCUAAUCGAGCCUCCGCCAAAGAACACCAGCAUUACCGGGUACUCACCCUCAGUGGAUGACAGCGAUCUGUGCAUGUUCGCUUGUCAGAGGGGAUAUUGUCCUUCUCCGAUCUGUCAGGAGUAUUCCGCCGACGAUUUUGUCUGUGGAGCAUCCGAGGACGACUACGACGUCGAUUGCGGAGAGACCAUGCCUUGCGACUUUACCAAAAGCUAUGAUACACUAGCUGACUUGGCCAAUGUGAUGGAUACUAUAGAUCCGUACUGCACCAGUUAUUAUUCCAUCAACGUCCUAGGUCGCAUGCUUGAUGAUGCGAUGGUCGAUUAUAACUCGGUCGUUGCCGGAGACUACGACAAGAAAUUCAACGAUUAUGUCGAUUACAUCAAGGACACUAUACCUUUGCAGCUCCGGCAGUUUCUCUUGGAUUCAAACAGUACGGUGAGCCGCGGCAAUAAAUACUUUGAGUGUGCUUUUGAUGGACCAGGACCGCGAGAAGCAUGCCCCAUUGACACCAAUUUCUACACUGGUCGAGUUACAGUUACUUACUACCUGGUCGACGCAGAUGGCUUUUACGCUGAUCUGGCUGUAACAUAUGGGAUUCAAAAGGAAUGGGUGGAGUUCGGAGAGUACGACAACACUCAGUGCCGUGGUCCCGUCCUGGGCGAUGAGCAAUGCACAAUCUAUUACGGUUUCCCGCUCAAAUCAAGCAAUGUCACCGUGGACAACCCAAAGGAUAUUGUUACCAAGGCUCUGCCUGGUAUUCGGAGACUCAAUACGACAAUUGCCCUGACGCAGCUCGAGAUCAACGCGGGAACAUGGACUGGUGUUCUGGACGAUGUGAUCCAAACCAUCUCCACGGCUGUCUUUCUUGUUCAGCAAGCCAUUGAUUCUAUGAAAAGUGUCGUGAAGAUUGCAGAUGACUACGAAGACGAGAAGGAGAAGAGACUGGUUGAGACCAUCCUUGGCGUUGUUCUUCUCGUCCUGCCAUUUGUGGGCGAGCUGGAUUAUUUCACGGAGAGCAUGGUCGUUCUGGGUCGCAUGCUGCGGCUUGCUACUGACGUUGGUCUUGUGGGAACGACUAUAUAUAGCGUUGUUGAGGAUCCAUCGUUGGCUCCCUUUACCAUUCUCACGGCACUGAUGGGAGGUGCCAGAACACCGGAGACAUUUUCGACCACCGCUGCUGCGCGGCGAAAGAUGACUGACGAGGAUAUUGAAGCUUUAGGGCCAGUGUUCAAAAACAACAAUAUGAAUUACCAGAGCGUCGCUGGACAAUGCAGGAAAGAGCUGAGUACAUAG